CGGUCGGUUCCGCGAUAAGGUUCAGUGUCGAUAGCGUACAAUCGGCGCACACGGCGGCCAAUACCAAUUUGUAUGUAUGGGAAGUUUGCAUUACUCAUUAUCGGCGUAAAGAGCGAUAAUCCGCGUUUGGGAAGGCGCCGGCGCGCGACGCGUCAGUGGGUUCACGCCUCCAUUCUCGCCUCGCCCAGUCACCACAACAAAAUCACAACCCGAGCUCGCGGCGUUGAUUUACGAAAAUAAUGAAUCAACGGAAAGCUGUCGGUCGACGGCCUUGUGUCUCACUUUCAUUAUAGUAUUAAGUUCGACAUCAGUGUUUGUGUCAGUGUUAAUGUUUGCUGUUAAGUGUUCGUCAAGAUGUCACCGCUUCACUUCAAUUUUCCACCCGAGAGCUUCUCUGCUGUGUACACUGGUGACGGAACCGUUGCAAAUGCGAAUGCACUGGUGAACUGCAAUGGCAGUGAUGGUCAUGCAACUUCGGAAUCGCUGCCCUCGGACGCUGGUCCCCAUCCAUCGCUUUUCAGCUGUUUUCACUAUGCGUUUCGAAAUGGGAUCAAAAUUCUUCGUAAAGAAAAAAGCAAUAAAAAGCAAAAACGUGGCAAUUAAUAAGGUCGCUGUGCCUAGCAAAGAGGAAGAACGUUGGCGUUCCAAGGAUGAAGGUGCUCUGUUUAAACGGUGGCGCCGCACCCCAGCACCUGUGGAUUCGACCCCUAAUACCGCGACAUCCACACCUUCAGCACAGCCCUCAGAGUUGUUAAAGUUCCUAGCUAUUAAUGCAUUGGAGUUAUCAGCACCUGCAUCAGAUGCUUUGCUUAAAUCGCGCUCAUCAGAAUGGUUCCAGCUAGCGGGACACCCAGGUUCAUUGGCUCCCGCUGGGCCCGGCACCGUGUGGAAACGUCGCGCGGCGGGAGACCACCCUUCACAUAAUCCUGAACGAGAUACAUAUGAAGCGCUUGCAGCCUGUCCUCACAUGCGGGGUGUCAUUCCUCGUUAUUACCGAGAAUUAGAAUACGGUGGCGAACGUUUCAUCGAGUUGCAAGAUCUUCUUCACGGUUUCCGGGAUCCCCAUGUGAUGGAUAUUAAAAUGGGAACUCGUACGUUUCUGGAAGACGAAGUCAGUAAUGCUCAUGCACGCGGUGAUCUCUACGAGAAGAUGGUUCGUCUUGACCCAAACGCGCCCACGGAGACAGAGCAUUUAGCACGUGCCGUUACUAAAUUGCGGUACAUGCAGUUCCGUGAAGAGCGUUCAUCGUCAGCCGAACAAGGUUUUCGCAUCGAGGCCGUCAAGCUGCCGGGCCAGCCGCCACUUACCGACUUGCAAAACGUGCGGGAACCCCAUCAGCUUGCCGCUACGGUAGCACGGUUCUUGGGCAAAGAUGAACGCGCCAGGCGCGCGAUCGCUGCUCGUCUUCGUGAGAUCAGGGACCAGUUUGAACGAUCUGAUUUCUUUAAGACGCAUGAAAUCGUAGGCAGCAGUAUAUUCAUUAUCUACGACGACGAGCGCGUCGGGGCCUGGUUGAUAGAUUUCGCCAAAACUCGUCGAAUUCCCGGGGGUGCAUAUGUGAAUCAUCGUGCACCUUGGCAGCAAGGGAACCACGAAGAGGGCUUCUUGUACGGCUUAGAUAGAUUAAUUCAUACAAUAGAGACUGCAAAAUUACCAGCACAGGGAGAAGAGGCUGCAACGGAGCCUGACGUUUUACGUUGAACACAAUGGCGAGAGGACCCUGGACUCGCCCCACGGUCUUUGUCACCGUCUGACCGGCCUUUGCGCCCAGUGCCGCUCUUGUUGCGUCCGAGACGACGCAUGGAGGUGUACACAAUAACGUAUUUGUGCAUGUGAGAGAAUCGCGACUCACCGCUUAAUGUUUGAUCUAGUCUUUAAUUUUAUAUAAUUGUCGUUAAUAAAAUAUAAUUAAAAUGGAAUUUAACUUGUA